AUGGCCAACGAAACGAUGAAUCAGUUUACUGAUGAUCUUUUCAAAGAGAAAAUAUUCCACUGCAAGAUUUGCGAUGAUCUUUGCACGUCCGAUAUUUUCCUGGUCAAAGGUAAAGGAAACGUGUGUGGAAAAUGUUUUGAAGAAAAGUGUGGGGAGGAAAUGAAAUCGACGGCUGAAUUAAUCACGCCCCUAAUGUUAAUUGUGGCCAAGCUUGUGUUGCCUUGUAAAUCCAAGAAUUAUUCCAAGCAUAUUGGUAGUUGCGAUUUCAACAUUAAGCCAUGCCCGAGGAAAAAUCUUGAUGUUUGUGGUUGGAGCGGAACCAAUUUUGAAUUAAGCGAACAUUUGUUAAAAAAUCAUCAAAAUCACGUUAUUAAAAGUGGAAACAAUAUUUUUAAAGUUGAAACAUCCUUGUCAGAACAUUUCAACGUAAAAUUGUUUUCUGAUGAUUAUCAAAACUGCCUUUUAAAGACUUCAGUUGUUGAUGAUAAAUUUUAUUACUCCUUAAAUCCACUUGGAAAAUCUAAAGAAAAUAUGGAAUAUACAGUGAUGCACAAAAGUACUAAAGAACAAAACAAUAAAGAGUUAAAAAUUGUAGGUACUCUCACCAAACUGAAUGGUUUUUAUGAUGAAGAAAACCUGGAUAAAAACCCCAACGCGACUGUGGUAGACAUCAACCUGUUGAAACAUCUUGCAGAUGAAAACAACAUGAUUUUAAACGAAUUUAAUUUGAAUCCUAAAGGAAUAGAUGAAAAUAUGCUGAAACUAUUGGAAUGUCCCAUCUGCAUGAGCGUCAUGAGACCUCCGAUAUACCAGUGCAAUCGUGGACAUAGCAUUUGCAACAAAUGUCGUGAAAAUGUAAAGGCAUGUCCUACAUGCAGAGAAGCAUUGAGCAAUGUUAGAAACUACGGUUUGGAAACAUUUACAAGCAAAUUAAAAUAUCCCUGCAAGUUUAAAAAAUCUGGUUGCAAAGUUACUGGAGUUGAAGAUGAAAUCAAGAAACAUGAAGAAUCGUGUAUGGUUAACAAACACAAAUGCCCGAUUUGCCCAGAAUUUGUAAACACAAAUGAUAUAUCAAAACAUGUGGAAGACAAACAUAUAGAAUGCAUACUAAAGAACCAACGGUAUAUGAUCCAAAAGUAUUCAAAAUGUCAUGGGUAUAUGGUAUAUGAUUCAAGAUUAUUUAGAAUAUCGUAUCAUACUGAAGAUUCAUAUGUUUAUUUUGCUGCUGAAUUGAUUUGCCCAAAUGAAGAACCCAGUGAGUAUUUUUAUAAAGUUGAUUUUUAUGAACACAUUAAUGCACCGUACUACAGUCCUGCAAAUAAAUCAAUGAUAUCAACUUGUUUAAAAGAAAAGCCACUUAUUUCAGGGUUUAAAAUAAAAGGGAAUGUGAGAAUCCCUGUUGAUGAUUUUAAAUAUUUUGCUGUUACCAUCAAAGGGGGAUAUAAUUCAAUGCAAAUUAAAUAA